CUGAGCUCCGGACAGGAACAUAGGGCCGGACAGAGGAAACAUUUAAGAUCCAAUACGCUGGACUUUUACGUCACACCGUAGGGAACGAACCUCCGGGGUCUUUGCGCUGUUACAUGCUGUUCGAGUGCAGGAGCUGUCAAAGAGGAGGUGGUACUGAAACAAGAGUGAUCUUGAUUUAAGCCACAAACCUGUACUUGAAAACCAUACUCAUAUUCUGGAUCGUCAGUUCAUCGCAAGCUGAUGAGAGGGAAUUACCGGAGGAACCAAUAAUACGAUUUAACUGAGGUAUUGGUGGACUUGCCAAUGUGGUCACUCCAGUGACCUUUCAGGAAUUGCAGCAUAAGAUUCUGAGCACAGACAAACACUCGCAAAAGAAUGGCCGCAUUGGAAUUGCACUGUGGGCCGGAGCCUGGGAGUUGUGUGUGGGGUGGAGAGAGAGCUGACCUGCUUGAUAGUUUUGACUCUGAGAUGCAGGAAUGGGAGGAUCAACUACAGGACAUGCAGAGGAAGAUUGAAGAGUUGUACAAUGAGGUCAAAGCAAGAAGAGAAGCCAGCGAAAGUGGCACAAACAAUGUCACAAACAACAAAAGCCUGGACAUUACUUUGCUUCCUGUCAACUCUCAUUAUAGAUACCAGGCCAAUGGUUAUCAUGAACCCCAUGGUCACCCCAACAACAACUUCCCAAUUCGUCAAUGCAAUGAAGUAAGAGCAGAUUGUUCAGUUAUGCAAAGCCUUGGGUUUCACCACCCCAGUGAUUACUAUAAUGGCUCCAACAAUUACUCACUUGAUUCCCUGGGCAAAGGCAGCCAUUAUCCUGCCAGUUGUCAUGAUCUUGAAAGGCAAGAUGCCACCCUAGACAUCCUCAAUGGAUAUCUCCAAAAGGGCCCGCAUUUUGGAAAGAACUUAGGGAAUCUUGAAACCCCAAAUGCAAACCCCAAGGUAUAUCCAGUUACACAAAGUUAUCAAGAUAGCAUGAAGACUAGCAUGGUGACAAACAGGACUGCAUUGUGUGUAGUUCAGGAUGAGUUUGAGGAGGCUGAGAACAAGAAGAACAAGAAAUCAAGUUGGGAUGACUCCCAAGCCCGCCACGUUAGCUGGAAAGACCCGGUUUCAUCCAACGAGCUUCCCCCUAAAUAUUCAGCUUCCAAACUGGCAGUCAGACAGAGAGAUGCUUCUCCUGUAACCCCUCGUUCCACUUACCAUGAGUCAUCACAACAACCUGACAGGAAGUGCCUCUUGCUUGACAGGAAAUCUGGCAGCCCAUCAGUGUUGCGUAAGUUUGGUGCCAUGUUGCAGGAGAACGAGGGGAAAACCCUGAUAGAGGAUGGUCUUGUGACCACAGUUGUCUCCACUGAACCUCCAAGGCACACCAGCACUCCCAUUUGCCAGAGCAAGUUUGACGCCAAGCGGGCAUCCACACGUGCGCCCGUCCAGAAAUGCCUUGCAGACUGUGACGUACUGGUAGCAGAACUGGAGCCCAGCCAGGAGCCUUGGGCAGCUGGUCCUUCUAGACAUCUCCUGAAUGGAGACAGAGACAGUGGGAGGGGUGGUAGUACUCUUGAACAGUAUGGCUUGUCCUAUAACUUAAGCCCGUCACAGUCUCACCUUAAAUCGAAGUAUCACAAGGCACCUCAAGGGCCUAAAGCCAGCAAAUCAGGCUUCCAAGGUGAGGACCUAAUUUCUGACUACCAGAUGGUGGAGAGGAUUCUGGCAGCAGGAUCUCAAAACUUCAGGAAGAUACACACAGGACUUAGUGUUGAUACCAUGAGACAGGGAAAUGACAACUUGGAGCAACUUCUAGAAAUGAUGGAAAUAGAGAACAACAGAAGUCAGAGGGUUACAUUCACCCAGCAACUGGACACCAAGCAGGUCAAACAUGAGUUGUCUCCUGCCUCCAGCAGUAGCAAUUUUUCCCGUCCUGCUAGACCAGCCAAUCAACGUCGUCCAUCCAGGUGGGCAAAGCAUACCCCCUCAAGCAAAAUCACCCACACAUCCUGCCCACCAAGCCCUGGCCUGAAAGCCAAACAGUUCUUGAAUUCAUAUUCCCAGCACACAGAAACUGUGAUCAUGUGACCAGGAUAGAACAACCUUGAAUGGACACUUUAAAGGACAUUUUCACCAAAAGGAAUAGACAAACCUUUGACCUUUUGUAGAACAAAAUCUACUCUUUUGUAUAUAACCACCACCACUUCAAAGAACCUUAUUGCAGCCCACUAGGAUGGCCUGUGAUAUUUUCAUUAAAUAACUUCAAAAGGAUACUGUUUUCAUUUAACUCUGUGCUGUUUGAAGUGCUUUGGAAAGUAACUCCAGUGGAAAUUCUCUGACCUGGUGAACUUCUGUGCCUAUGAACCUUUCAUUGCCUUUUUCUCUUCAUUUCUUUCUGUCAUUCUCAUUCAAUUUUGUAUUAUUUUAUUCUUUUUUCUAUUUUCCUGAGUGCUUUGUGUACACUGCAGUUCUUUUGGUGCCAUGUAGGGCAUUUUUUUGUAACCAUAUAAGCAUGUAUGCAACAAGCAUAACAUAUUUAAGCAUACAUGUCAACGAGUUAUUGAGCCUUCUCUAUUAUGCAUUACCUGUAAAGGCGUGCACAAAUGUUUUGAUGUUCUGUCAAAGUCCAUUUCAGUACUGCAUUAGUGCUUCAUAAUAUUGACAUGUAGAGGUUAUUACGGGCUCAUAAUCUUUUUAUAAGCCUUAUUUGACUGCGCCUGACGUGGGCUGUAACUACGCGGUGCAUGGCACCUUUCUGCGGGAACAUGUCUGCAUUCUCCAGCCUUGUAAAGAAAAUCCUUUAAGUUCAACAUCUGUGAAGAGUAAAUUAUAUCUUUUGACCAUAUUAUAAUGAAGAAAUGCUUUGGAAUGUUUAUUUAAUGUUGUGAUAUGAUCCUUACAAAAACGUGAUGCUUUUUGUGUUUUUUUCUUUCUCAGUAUAAUAAACGCAAGUGCUUUGACGAGUUAGUGAAACUCUUGAA